AUGAACUGGUCUCCAACAUUUCCCACCCUCAAUCCCUUCUUCAUCGGCUUGUUUCCACUUCCAGUGUUUCAAGAUAUACUCCUCGAAUUCCCCAGAGAAAACACCGAUUUCUCAAUUGAAAAGCUUCUCGGCGUCAUUGAAACGACGGCAGAAUCAAGAAAACCUACAAUUUCUUCGAGUAAAAAAACAAGUACAAAGUCUUCAAAGAAAAAGGCGAGGACAACAUUCACCGGACGGCAGAUAUACGAGUUAGAGCGACAGUUUGAUGCAAAGAAAUAUCUCUCGUCAAGCGAGCGACAAGAGUUGGCUCGUUUGCUGAACGUUACAGAGACUCAGGUAAAGAUUUGGUUUCAAAAUCGUCGCACGAAAUGGAAAAAGACCGAGACGGAGAUUAAAGAGAAAAUCGUUGAAAAGCUUUUGCUCGGUGAAGAGAAA